AAGCACAGUCGCGCGUCUCACCGAGCAUUCUAUCACAGUGAUUCGUUGUGAAUGCGUCGUCCUUCGUUAACGUGUCUCGCGAAAGUGUUGGUCAACCACUCGUGUUUGUUUUAAUCGUAUUCUAAGUGAGUUAAUGUGUGGAUCCCAAUGUCGUCCACAGGAAAAUUCACCUCAGACGAGAUCCUGGGCGAGUCAUGGGUGGAAUUGAAUCCCGUGCCCGACAGGGUAACACCGUUACCGUUCAGUAGUGGCGGAGAAGAAUAUUUGCGACUUCUUAGGGAAGCGCAAAGGGAUUCUCUGCCUUCGUCUGCUAGGCAUUCUUUGGCAUCUUCCCGUAGAGGCACGCCGAGAGAUAGCCCAAAGAGUCCUCCGAACAGUCCGAACACAGAAUUAUCUACCGAAGAUGAGCUCAAAGGAGUAUAUAUAAAUUACUGCUGCAACAAGGAAGCUGCUGAGCUUUUGGAGAAGAACACCGAUUGGAUUUACGAAUGGAGCUCGCGUCCAGAUCAAGCACCGCCGAAAGAUUGGAAGUUCAAGCAUCCUCAGGGAGUGAAUAAAAAGAAAUCUUAUAGCAUUCGUACGACAAAAGUGGGCAAGGUUGGGUUGUUCUCAAAAGAGGUCCUUUAUACUCUUUUUAUCACAAACAUUCUCUCUGUCUUGGUUGGAGCUGGCCUGGGGGUUUGGUUGUCCAGGCGAGGAUCGAUAACGUCCAGCGUAACCAUCGAAUGAAAGAAAAGAACAGUUCAGGGACGCAAGAGUCAGGAUUGCUGCGCUAGAGUUUGCAAGAAAACGGAGUAAUGGAUUGUCGUUUAUGUGGAGCCGUUAGAAAGACUGAAAUGCCAAGAGAUAAAGGGUCGAUUGAGCCUAACGAAACACGCAACAUAUUGUUUCGAUUACCACAAUUUAAUAUUAGCACUUUUUAUUCUAUUCUUCCUUGUCCGAAAGAAUCUUAACGGUAUACUUAUUGAAACGCCGUAUUAUUGUGUAAAGUAUAAGUCAUUUGCGAUUAUAUGAUUAAACAAGAAAACGAUAAAAAAAAGAAAAAGAUACGAAGAAAAGAAAAAAAAUUAUAAUAUGAUUUAUAUAUUUAGUGUUGUUGAAAAGGUGAAGAAUGUCCAUUUUAUACCGUUUGUAAUGCGUUUCUAUCAGUGAUAGUCUAUAGGUAUAGCCUGGGUAGUAUUUAUCGAUAAUAAUAAUUAUUAGUCGUUAAUUGAACAAAAAAUAAAGGUUUGAAAGAAAGAGAGAGAAAGAGAGAAGAACGUAAUACAGAAUGUUUGCGCAAGAGAUUUAUCGUUUUAUGUAUGAAAAUAAUCCAAGAAGAUUAAUCUAUGAAACAUAAGAAAAAGCAGGGAGGCUUUUUGCAGUGAGAGAACAAUAUACACAUAGUAACAGAUACACCUCCGUUUAGAUUACGAAUGUCCUACUGUAUUGAGUUUUGUGUUGGUAUAUCGAAUACCAUUAUUUUUUGGGCGAAUCCGAAAAAGUGUCUUUUGCCAUUUAUUUCGGAGCGCAAUGUGAUAGAAAAAGUAGGCGUUGUAUUUAAUUAAUGGAAAUUCAUCUUUUUAUAAAAUUGCAAGCAGCGACUUAUAAAUUUUAAUAACGUAUGAUACAGUUGCUUAAGUAACUGAGAAAAGUUAAUAAUUAUCGUUCGAUUCUCAUACCUUUUGAUUUUGUAAAGUUAAGAUUCUAACGAUGGUGUAUAGGAAAGAGUAUAAUACAGCAUAUUCUUAGUUUUUAAUUAUCGGUUCGUUACCAAUUAAAUGCCGAAUUGAUUAUUUGAAUACAAUCAUUUGUUGAUUGGUAUUUCUUUGAUUUUAGGUAUGUAUAGUGUAUGUUUUGAAUAUCUGACGGUAAUUUUAUACGGCAUAAAUAAUUUGAUAUUUAACAAUGGAUAAGGAUUUUUGGAAAAUGAUAAUAAGCAGUAAAAAUGAUAAAAAAAAAGAAUAUAAAAAUAAGGUAAAGUGUAAUAUUGUAUGAUUCGAUAAAUUUUAUUUGUAAUCGAAGAAAUCGUCUGUAACUUUCGUAUUCCAAGGUCUUUAGAAGGGUUUGAGUUUUUAUUUCAUUGAAAGAUAAGCAUAUUAUUAAUUCAUAAUUUUAUGUGUUAAAGAAAGUUACAAUUUUUUCGUAUAGUUAAUAUACGAGUCGCUUUGCGUAAUAGCACAAUGUGUGAUUUGUAUUCGACUAUUACGAAAUAAAAGACUCGAUAUUAAUCGUAUCGCGUUGACGAUUUUCCGAUAUAACGUUUUUCACAGAAUAUGAUAUAAAUAUACAUAUAUACAUAUGUAUUAAGUGUAAGAUGCUGUAUAUUAUAAGAAUAAUACGUAAUCAAUGUAAGUAGAAAUUAGAAUUGCAAGUCUUUUGUAUUUUCAAUAUAAUUCUAUAUAUUCUA